AGCAAUGUCGGUUCAGUGUUGAGGGUUUGUUUGGUCCAGUCGCAGCCUCGGCACGCCACGCCAGGCGGGGGGCGUUUACCAGUGCGUGUUGCACUCGACGUUCCCGCCCCCAUGGCGAGGAGCUCUCAGCAUUCGAUUGGCGAGCGCAAGAGCACAUCUCAGGACAAGGCCAUGACAGGUUUUGUUCUGAGGCUUUGUAUGACAGGCCUGGUGAGCGUUCUUGGAAUGGUUGUGGCGAAUGUCUUCGACAGCAUGCGAUCAGGAGUUUGGAGUCCAAUCACAUACAUCAAGUUGGUGGCCGUGGUCGCUUUCUUCAUGACAGUUAUGGUCAGUGAGCGGAUAUGGGGUCUGACCCGUGUUUUCAAAAUGACGGUCGCAUUUGCGAUGUUUUGCGUUUGCGUGCUCAUUGCUGUAUUAUCGAGACCUCUGGAUAAUUGGCAUCUGUUUAUCAUCUUGACGUUGGAUUUCGCCACCAUCAUGCAGACUAAUGAAGACGAGCUGGCCUUGCAGGGAUUGUCCAUUGCUGUGUUCUUCGGAUAUGUGGUGUAUGUGUUUCUCCACACGCUGUCUGUGAAUGGAACAGGUCCAGAGAUUCAUCCCAUCGAGUUCCACCCCGAAUACCACGUUGGGAACCAGCUCUUCUGCAGCAUCAUUCCCGUUUUGUUGAAUUAUUUGUUGAUCGUGUCCUAUGCUCGGGACUUGCGCAGAGAGUCAACUCGAGUCAGAAAUUCUGUGGAGCUGGUAUCCACGAUCGCAGAGGCCCUCAACAAUUUUGACAUCGAGGCGGCGCAGCGCCUGUUGCCGGAUAGCUCCGAGGACGAGGACGGGGUUCCGAUAUGCAAGCAGCUGGGGCAGCUGAUCCGCAAUCUACAGGCGUACCGGCCUUUCUUGCCGAAUUAUCUCUUCCCGAAGAACACGGGGAGCGACAGCGACCCCACGGGCGGGGCCAUCGCGGCGGCGAUGUGGGGCAAGCCCACGUUCUGGCACAACGCGGCAUCGGCGGCCAUGCGGCUGCGAGACCCGGAGUACUCCCUGAGCGAGUUCCACGCGGACGUGGAGGCCGCGUUCCCCGAGUUGCAGCUCUACAACGAGGGGUCGGAGUGCUCCUCUGGGCGUACGUCCUCGGAGGAGUACGAGCGCACGCUGGGCGCGCUGUACUCUGUGUACUGCUUUGCCCGCCUCGACAUUGACGGGAAGGAGAUCUUCUCUUUCGGCGUCGACCAGCAGGGAAAGCCAGCGGUUAGAGCCGCAUGGGAGAGCUCGUUGACAACCCCAGUUGGGAUCCCACUGGCAGAGUGCGACCCGACCGACCUGAGACAUGUCUUUUAUACGUCGAUGGACUGGGACCGGAUGCUGGAGCUUUUUGUGCGGGCUGGCCUCCUCCGAAAGGCCGCAAGCUCUGAUCCAGGGGCACUCGGAACUGAGAGUUGGACCAGUUGGAGCAUAAGUCCUCGUCCAAGCAAGCGCUCAAGCAGUAAGACUCCCACAAAGUCUCGCUAUUUCGUCGAUCACGAGCGCAUGACGGCGUUCCUUGCGCUCACAGCGUUCCACGACGUCAUGAAAAACUCGAUUCUGUUGCCAAAGGUCCACGAUGAGCACGCGCCGUACCACGGACUCCUCGGGGGCGAUCGGAUCUACGACCACGACCUCGCCCUCAGGUACAUCAUGGAGCACUUCCCCGGCCUGCUGCCCAGUUUCAACGGCCUGGGCCCGGCGCAGCGGGCCGUCGUCUUCUUCACGCAGGCCAAGACGGAGUUCAACAACGGCUGGCUCGUGCAGGGGGAGGCGCCGCCGGGCGCCCUCUUCUCCAAAUUCAAGGAGGUCAUCACGCUGGGAGGAGCGUCGGACUCCGACAUCAGCUUCCACUUCGCUCACUGGCUCACGGACCUGGCGGGGGCCGAGCCCUUCGGCGACAGGCCCUGGCCCGGCUCCGAGAAGUUCGUGCGGAAGUUCCCCCUCAAGGUCCUGAAUGCGUUCCUGGAUUCCUUCACCUACGUGAACCUCCUCAGCCUCCAUUCGGAGGUCCAGGUCAUGGAGGACUACCUUCAGGCCCGCUGGCAGACCUUUGGCCUUCCUGCCGCCCCCGAGGACUGCGCCGUGGCCGCGAUGCGGCUGGCGCUCAUGGCGCAGGGCUUCGAGCGGGCCGCCGUGGCCGCCCUGAAGGCCCUGCCGCCCCAGGACCGCGGCGUGCUCGCGAUCGAGCUGGCGCGCACGGGGCUGCAGGCGCAGUUUGCCAGCGCCCCGGCGGAGCUGCGCGGGCCGGCGGCCGGGCCCGCGGCGCCCGCGGCGGGGCCCGCGCUCCUGGUGUACUACGGCCCCGCUCUGAUUCAGACGGCGGAGCCGGAGCUCAGAGAAGUGACCCGUUUUGGGCGCCGCGUAAUGGGGGGGCUCCCAUGAGUUGCCGCAGAAGGCGGGGCCAGAGCACGUGGACGGUGCUCUGCGGGUGCUCGCGGCGGUGUUCCGGGCGGCCCGUGAUCUGUUCCCGCUGGUGGCCACGCAGAAGGCGGCGGAAAGCACGGCGGUGAUCCGCAUAGAUGCCAUGAAGGCGUUGACGCCUAGGGAGGUUGUGGCCAGAGGGCCUUGGCUCUUGCAGCGCACCUCUCUGGGCGACGCCAUCGUCUGCACGCGCGCGGAGCCGGUCAUCAGUCAGGUCAGUGGCUCUGGAUUUGCAGAGGCCGCUAUCGGGCUGACGGGAUUAGAGCCGGAUCUCACGCCGAGAGGCGUUUAGGGAGCCAGCAAGCACACGUGAAAUAUUAUUGCCUCCGGGCAGCUAGUACAGACACUCAUUCCCUCUAGAUGCUGGGUCGUGAGUACAAACUUCGGCCUCACCCCGCAAACGCGGGUCCUGCCGACCUUGUAUUUCCCGUGUCGCAUGGGCACGGCUGCUGGAACGGUGCAGUGCCGAACAGGGCCGCAUGAGCAUGCGCUUCGGUAAGGCUACCGGAAUGGUACACUGCCUAGUAGGGCCGAUUCCCAUCAUUCCGACCAAAGAGUCUCUGUGGAGGCGCGUUCUUUUCGGUUCGAGGCCCGCUUUGAAGCCGUGCUGUAUGAAAGCAUUUUUGGGGGGCUGAUUGGGCUCAUCUUGCAUAGGCGGGACGGGUUGUGAUCAAAGUUGGGUGCACAGCGCACGCCGCUCGCUCAUCCGCUCUAGAGCGAGCACCGGAGAAGGCUUGGCAAAGGUCUCCACCCGAAGAGGGGCGGGGUCUCAGUCGAGCCUUCUUCUGAGUACCCCUUUGAAAGGGACUUUGACCGCGGAUGUCCAAAGACGAA